AUGGAGGAGGAGAAGCGGAGAAAAGCCAAGCUUGCCAAUGCCUUUGCUUUUGGCAAUGAAGAUGACGAUGACAAGCGGGAGCAGGAGAGGAUUGCUGCUGCGAAGCAAGCCGCUCAACAGUGGAAACAGGAGAUGCAGAACAAAGUUCGACCCAACAAGGCAGACGUGCAGGGCACGAGGCCACGCAUAGACAUGUACACUGCUCUGAAGAUGAUCGCGGACUUCAAGCGGAGCUGCAACGGCAAGGCGAAGCCUAUGCCCCCGGAGAUUGUGUCCAGACGGCAGCAUCAUCGCAGAAGACGAAGGACCCCUCUACAUACCCCAAAGUACUUUGACCCCUGCAGCAACUCCCGAAUAGGGAAGCCCUGA